AUGGAUGCGCAAAUAGCUGAGUUACCGACAUCCGUGAUACAAAAGCCACGUACGUCAUCGGGCGAAAAACCCGUUGAGACGUUGAUAGUGAAUAACAAUAUAAGUGCAAAGAAUAACAAUAAAGGUAACAAAAAUAUUCCGCGGAAGGAGGAUGAGACAAUUACGAGUGCGGUGCAAAAAGUUCUCGAGGGGUACGAUUGGAAUUUGGUGCCGGCGACGACAAAAUCACCGUCCGACCGAAAAAAGGAUCACAUCAAACGCCCCAUGAACGCCUUCAUGGUAUGGGCACAGGCGGCACGGCGUGUCAUGAGCAAGCAAUAUCCGCAUUUACAAAACUCGGAAUUGAGCAAAUCGCUCGGAAAGCUGUGGAAAAAUCUGGACGAAAAAGAUAAGAGUCCGUUUGUUCAGUUUGCCGAGAAGCUGCGACAGACGCACAAAAUGGAACAUCCUCACUACAAAUACCAACCGCGUCGUAAAAAAUCCAAAAAUGGUCAGACAGGGGAUCAAGAGCCCCCCCGUUCUCGGUCCACUACUGGAAGCAGCGGAAGUCGCAGAAAAAAUCAAAAUUCCUCGUCAGGGACUUCGUCGCAUGAACAGAUGUGUAUCGAAAAUGACAGUCACUUGAUGAAAUCAGCUGAAGCGACGUUAUUUAACAAUUCCGCGAUGUUUAUGGGACAAAAUGAGAAGAAAUUCGAUUCGCGUGGCUUGGAGUCUCCCAGUUCGAUAACCAGCUCAAAUUCGAUAAAUAACGAUACGCAUCCCCUAACGCCCCCCGCGACGCCUUAUACGUACGGCGGAACCCCCGCCUAUCAAUCUCUGGCUCGUUCUGGGUCCUCUUCGGGUUAUGUAGCGUCGCCCCAGCGCGAAAUUUAUCCCAAAAUGCAUUCGCCCACGACCACAGAUUAUUUGUCGAAUGGUUUAUGA